ACUCACAGAUGUCUAUGAAUUUGACCCCGAAGCUCGUGUCCGGAGCAGAAGGAGAGUGUGGUGUAGGGCUAGGCCCUUAGUUUUUGAUCUUCGUCUGUUAAUAUAGUGUAAAAUGGGCACAUAAGAGAGUGUUACAAACAUACGUUCGAGUUCAAAGUCAAAGCGCCGUAAGUUAAAAUUGUUGAAAAGUGAAAUAUUAGCAUAGAGAAAAAUGGCUAAUCCGAAUCGCGAAAGUGUUAGCACCCGUUUCUCGGACAAUUACGACCUUAAAGAGGAACUAGGGAAAGGAGCCUUUUCAAUAGUGAGACGUGCUGUUCAAAAAUCUACUGGCUAUGAAUUUGCAGCGAAGAUUAUCAAUACUAAAAAACUCUCAGCUAGAGAUUUUCAGAAACUGGAACGAGAGGCUAGAAUUUGUCGAAAAUUGCAGCAUCCUAAUAUUGUUAGACUUCAUGACUCCAUCCAAGAGGAGCAUUUUCACUAUCUCGUCUUUGAUUUAGUAACUGGUGGAGAAUUAUUUGAAGAUAUUGUAGCGCGAGAGUUUUACUCUGAAGCUGAUGCUUCUCAUUGCAUUCAGCAGAUUUUGGAGUCAGUGCAUCACUGCCACCACAACGGCGUGGUCCACAGGGAUUUGAAACCCGAAAAUUUAUUGCUUGCAAGCAAGGCUAAAGGAGCAGCUGUAAAACUUGCUGAUUUCGGUUUAGCAAUUGAAGUACAAGGUGACCAACAAGCAUGGUUUGGUUUUGCCGGAACUCCUGGUUAUUUAUCUCCAGAAGUGCUAAAGAAGGAACCUUACGGGAAACCUGUAGAUAUCUGGGCUUGUGGUGUUAUUCUGUAUAUUUUGCUUGUUGGCUAUCCCCCAUUUUGGGAUGAGGAUCAACACCGAUUAUAUGGGCAGAUUAAAGCGGGAGCUUAUGAUUACCCCUCCCCCGAAUGGGACACCGUAACACCUGAGGCGAAAAGCCUUAUAAAUCAGAUGUUAACUGUAAACCCAAGUAAGAGAAUCACAGCUUCCGAAGCUCUUAAGCAUCCGUGGAUCUGCCACCGCGAACGCGUUGCUUCAGUUAUGCACAGGCAAGAAACUGUGGACUGCUUGAAGAAGUUCAAUGCUCGCCGCAAACUGAAAGGAGCGAUUUUAACCACCAUGCUUGCGACACGCAACUUCUCUGGAAAAUCAAUGGUAAACAAGAAGGGAGAUGGAUCUCAAGUCAAAGAAUCGACUGACAGCAGUACUACUUUGGAGGAUGAGGAUUUAGACAAAGAUAAGAAGGGAGUAGACAGAGCGUGUACAGUCAUUUCAAAAGACCACGAAGAAGAAGCGCUUACAAAAGCUGAUUCAUUUGGAAAAGCCCGUGGCGACAGUAAUGCUUCUCUUCGCCGUGCCGAAGUGAUUAAGGUCACUGAAGUCCUUAUAGAUGCUGUAAACAACGGAGACUACGAUACAUAUUCAAAACUUUGUGAUCCUAAUGUGACUGCAUUUGAUCCUGAUGCACUGGGCAAUUUGGUGGAGGGUGUAGAAUUCCAUAAAUUCUUUAUCGAUAAUACUCCAGCACACGUUAAGACCAAUACUACAAUCCUAAACCCCAGGGUGCACUUGCUCGGUGAUGACGUAGCGGUGAUUGCGUACGUGUGUUUAACGCAGAGCGUCGAUGCAGAAGGGCGACGUGAAACUCACCAAUCGCAGGAAACUCGCAUAUGGCACAAACGCCACAACAAGUGGAUAGCUGUCCACUUCCAUCGCUCCUAACUAGUCCCCUCCCAUGUCAAGUUGCCACAAAUUCAAAGUUCUAAAAAGCAAGCCCUGUGUAAUGGUGUGGCUAUCAAAACGAUUGUCACCUUUCAUGGUGAUGAAUGAGUGCGCACAUCACACUCCUAUGGCAACAGUACAAGAUUAUAUUUGAAACUUAAUAUUCAAUUCCGCUAUGAAAAUUACACGAAUUUUAUUAGAAUUCUUUUGUAAUCUCAAGGAAUUAAGUUAAUAUUUAGAUAAAUAUUUAUGUCAAUGUAAACAAUUCAAAAGCUAUAUCUAAUAAUGUAAUAGUUAUCGAACUAAAAAGGCAGUAAUGUGGCUAAAAUGUGAUACCGUUGAAUUGUUCAGUGCUUGAUGCUAGUUGAUAGCUCGUAGAAUGUAAAAUAACUCUGAUCUCCGCCACAAUCGAAUAAUACCAUCGAAAAUCUCAUUAUAAUUGACAUCAAAGAAAUCUCAGGAAAUAAACAGAUCUGAUAAAAGUGAAUCUAUGUCAUAGGUGAAUAUGUGAAAUGCAGAAAUUUUAAACAUUUCGAGUUUUUAGCACAUUUCUCAAUAAGUCUCUCUACAUUUUUAACUAUGAAUGUUUUGUCGUGCUUAAAAAGGUGUUCUAUUUGUUAUUGAAUACCUAGAUAAUAAGACUUAAGAAUUAUUGCUGCAGUUAUUGGCACUACAUGUUGCAAUACUAAGACAAAUUUAGUAGUGUAUUAAAAUAUUUUAAAACUAUAGAAUAUAUUAGUUCUCAAUAACUAUCUAGUUUUAGCUAGUGCGGAUUUGUUAUAAUGUUUUAAGUGAAUUAUAUCAAUUUUGUCAAUUUUUAGAUUUAAAUCCUGUUAUUUCAGCUUGAAUAAAUACAGGUCCUAUAUAUGAUAGUAAUAAACACCUCAUAUCUUUAUAAUAUCAUUGAUUUUGCAAUAAUAUUUACUUAAGAAUAACAUUUGUGUGGCAGUUUGUACUUAUAUAUUUUAUUGUGAUGAAGCUAUGUGUCCUAAUUACAUGAAUUUAAUGUAAAAUGCAUUAAUUUUGCUGAUUUGCUUAUAGAAAAGCUAUAAGCCAAUAUCCUUACUGAUAAAUUAUUGUUUAUUAGAAUUGUAAUUAGAUAUAAAAAGAAAUUUAUUGUUUUUUUACAAGUUUUAUAAAAAAAAUACUUUAGUAUAGUUAGCAAAACUUAAUUUUAGUAAACCUGAAAUGUUGUAAAUUGUGACCAAAUGUUACACACAAGUGGUCAUAGUGAAUUAUAAUAUGCAGUAUAAACCAGAGUACAUAUUUGUGCCAUUAACUUUUGAAAUUAGUGCCAAUAACUGUAAAAAAAAAACUAAAAUUUAUUCUAGUCUUUAUUGUUACGCAUACAUAUAUCUAGUAUUAAUCAAUGUUUUAAAAAAUUAAUUUUUAUUAUACAUGCAUUCUGUAUGUACAUAGAUAUAUUAAUUUGCACAUUAUUUGUUUGAGUGUUUUCAAUUUUGGU